AUGCAGUCCCUUUCCCUCAUGGACCCCGCGAUGUGCGAGGACUUUUUCGGCUCCCGUCGUCUGCCGGUGCGAUGUCAUAGCUGCCCGAAGGGGAGAAAGGUGCUCACGAUACCAGACGACCUGGUUGUGAGGUACACGCUCAAGGUCGUCUGUAAAGACAUGGAGCAGUGGUCCGACCUUUGCAACAAAAUCGGUGAGGAUAUGAUCAUGCAGGAUGGCUGCAUCAUCGAGUACAAGCAUCUGAAGCCUGGUGACGAGUGCGUCGAAGCUUACCACGAGAUGACCGGGACGGAGGAGCAUGCGCGCCUCAUCAAGCGAGACUUUGAGCUUCUCAAGCUGCCAGUGGUGUUGACCUUCGAGUGCGCCAUGAAUGUGGCAGCAGAGUGGAGGCCCGACAUGAUCUCGCUGCAGCACAAGUACGAUGCUUUCGGCACGGUCUACCACUCGAACCUCCUCGGCGGCUUUAGCUCCCUCAGCGGCGCGCGUGCCGAUCCAUGGCAUCCCAUGGCACGGCUGGCGGUAAAUGCCUUGAACAAGUUGAUGGCGCGGUUUCCGGACAUUCGGACCCUCCUGGACGUCGGCUGCGGCGAUAUGUCGUGGAUGCAGUACUUCCUGCAAGAGCAUCCCCUGGUUACAUAUGUCGGCGUCGACAUCACCCCCUUCUGCUUGGCCAUCAACUUCCGGCGGUUUCCCAAGAUGCAGUUCAUCCAGACGGACCUGUCCAACUUGACGGGAAUCGAGGUGAUGCCACAGGGCUGCGACGUCAUCCUCGCUAAGGAUGUCUUCAACUACAUGACCCUGCCAGAUGCUGUGAACGCUCUGAAGCGUGUCGUCGGCUUGAAGCCGCGAUUCCUGCUCACACAU